CCUUCAAUGGAUCCUUUGAGACCUUCAUUCCGGGGCAGUGCCCUUUCCCACCUGCCUGCGGGUGUACGGACGCCAGGAUCUCUGCCACAGGUUCCAACAGCCCAGGGGGUGGCUCUGGGCAGGGCAGAGCUCUGUGCGGGCCCUACAACUUUCACCCCCAAGUGUGGGCCGGCGCCUCAGGAGACUGCGGGCUUGUCUUCUCUCUUCCGUGGGCUGGGGCUUGAGACGGUGCCUCGGGCCCCAUUAGGACGAGGGAUCCCAACUUUAGGGAGAGGCAUUCUAGGUAGAGGCCUGCAACGUGCCCAGGAGUCCAAGGAUGAUGAAAAAGAGCUUCCGAGCGAGCCACCCUUCUCCUUCCCCGCAGCCAUGGCAGCUGGCGACAGCAAGAUCGUCUCGCUUGGCCGGAGCAGGAUUCUCGGAUGCGGAGUCAAGGGUGCUCCUCGGCUCCCUUUUGGAAGAGCAAUGGUCGGAUUAGGCGGAGCGUUUCAUAAAAUCCACAACGACGUUUUUAUGCCUUCUUUGACUUCUACGCCGUUAUUACUACCCCGACCCCGAUCCUCCCCGCUACCGUACCUCGGGAGCCUUCCAGCCAGUCCCCUUGAAGAGAAAGAGAAGACGCAGGCUCUGAAGAAACAUGGAUGCAAGGGAACAUCCAGCCCCCUCGGCCUGAACCUAAUCAAAAUACACUGCCAGAAUGAGGCUGUGUAUCAGUACCAUGUGACUUUCAGCCCCAGUGUGGAGUGCAGAAGCGUGCGGCUCAGCAUGCUGAAAGACCAUCAGUCUGUCACCGGAGACGUCACCGCUUUUGACGGAACGAUCCUCUACCUGCCGGUGAAACUGCAGCAAGCUGUUGAAUUGAAGACAGUGAGAAGGACCGAUGGAGUUGAAAUCACCAUCAAGAUUCAGUUGACGAAGAUCCUUGAGCCCAGCUCCGAUUUGUGCAUUCCUUUCUAUAAUGUGGUCUUCAGGCGGGUGAUGAAACUUUUAGAUCUGAAGCUGGUGGGGAGAAAUUACUACGAUCCGACAAAUGCGAUGUUUCUGCAGCAGCACAGGUUACAGAUCUGGCCGGGCUAUGCCGCGAGCAUCCGAAGGACAGAUGGAGGGCUCUUCCUGCUAGCCGACGUCUCCCACAAGAUCAUCCGGAAUGACUGCGUCCUAGAUAUCAUGCAAGCUUUAUGUCAGCAGAACAGAGGGAACUUCCAGGAUGAAUGCACCAAACUGUUGUGUGGCCAUACUGUCAUCACCCGUUACAAUAACCAUACCUACCGCAUCGAUGAUAUCGACUGGAGUAAGACACCCAGAAACACUUUCAUAAUGUCUGAUGGGAAGGAAAUCACCUUCUUAGAAUACUACAGCAAAAACUACGGGAUCACAGUCAAGGAUGAGGAGCAGCCCCUGUUGAUCCACAGAGCCACCGGGAAGCGGAAUGUCCCCGGGAAGCCGCUGUUGACAGAGAUCCUGCUCCUGCCGGAGCUGUCGUUCAUGACCGGGAUCCCAGAGAAAAUGAGGAAGGACUUCCAAGCCAUGAAGGACAUGACCCAGCAGAUCAACCUCAGCCCUAAACAGCACCAUAUUUCACUGCAAGUCCUGCUGCAAAGAAUCACCCAAAACGAGGCCGCAACCCACGAACUGACACGCUGGGGCCUGCGCCUAGAUAAAGAUAUAUAUAAGACAGAAGGGCGACUUCUCCCAGUGGAAAGAAUCAACCUGCAGAGGUCUUCGUUUAUCCCAUCCCAAGAUUUAAACUGGACCAAGGAGAUAACGAGAGAAGCGUCCAUCUCGACCGUCCCCUUGCAUUUCUGGACACUGUUUUACCCUAAACGAGUAGUGGAUCAAGCUCGCGAGCUGGUCAGCAUGUUAGAGAAAGUCUCCGGCCCCCUUGGCAUGCAGAUGAGCCCCCCUGCCUGGAUAGAGCUGAAGGAUGAACGGACUGAGACCUACGUCCGGACCAUCAAAUCCAUGCUGGGAGUUGAGGGGAAGGUGCAGAUGGUGGUUUGCAUCAUAACUGGCUCAAGGGACGACCUCUAUGGAGCCAUCAAAAAGUUAUGUUGUGUGCAGAAACCGGUACCCUCACAGGUCAUUAAUGCCCGAACCCUAGUCCAACCUACCAAGCUCAGGAGUGUGGCUCAGAAAAUCCUGCUGCAGAUUAACUGCAAAUUAGGGGGAGAGCUCUGGAGCCUGGACAUUCCGCUGAAACAACUGAUGGUGAUUGGGAUGGAUGUUUACCAUGACCCCAGAAAGGGCAUGCGUUCUGUGGUUGGCUUUGUCGCGAGCGUCAAUCCGUCCUUCACCAAGUGGUAUUCCAGGGUGGUAUUCCAGAUGCCGCAUCAGGAGAUCGUGGACAGUCUGAAACUGUGUCUGUUGGGAGCUUUGCAGAAGUUUUACGAGAUGAACCACUGCCUGCCGGAAAAGAUUGUGGUGUACCGGGAUGGGGUGUCAGAUGGCCAACUGAAGAUGGUUGCCGGUUACGAGGUCCCCCAGCUCCAGACGUGCUUCAGAGCUUUCGAUAAUUACCAGCCUAAGAUGGUGGUGAUGGUGGUUCAGAAGAAAAUCAAUACCAACUUGUAUUCAGCCACCACCGAGCACUUCGCGACCCCGGCCCCGGGCACCGUGGUGGACCACACCAUCACCUGCCGUGAGUGGGUGGACUUCUACCUGCUCGCCCAUCACGUCCGGCAUGGCUGCGGCGUCCCCACCCAUUACGUCUGCGUACUCAACACUGCUAACCUGAGCCCAGACCACCUGCAGAGGUUGACUUUCAAGCUUUGCCAUAUGUACUGGAAUUGGCCCGGCACCAUCCGGGUCCCAGCCCCCUGCAAGUACGCUCACAAGCUAGCUUUCCUGUCCGGCCAAAUCUUGCACCACGAACCAGCCAUCCAGCUGUGUGAUCGGCUCUUCUUCUUAUAAUGCAGAGAGCCAGUCAUCGAUUGGGAAGGCACGGUCAGUCUCCGUCCUGGGCUUGAGCAGGGACCCUCAGUUACUCUUCUUCCAUGAAAAUCAGAGACUAAAGGAUUGAAGUUGGGUGAAUCAAUAACUUUCCCCUUUCGUCCCCAGUAGCCCAGUGUUUUACAUUUUAUAUUGGUCUUAUUUUUAACCUCUUACUCCGGAAGGACACCGGGCUCAUUUUCAGCCCUAAGAAUGUGCUCCAGGAGCUACUGUGUCCCGUGGGAGAGUCGGGAAGGAAAAGGAAAGUGUGGGCCAAAGUGAGUGGAAAGAAAAUUUGGCUACAUGGGGCUAAUUCAGCCUUCCCAGUGACCUGGUCAACAGCCCUCCAUGCUACACCAGAGGUGGCCAAGCUCUCAAACUGAAGAGCCUGCCCUGGAAAUUUCCCCUCCCUCUCUUGUCACCUCUGAUGCCUCAGGCAGGAGCCAGGGGAAGUGCUUUACACGCAAGGGGGAAAUGGCCAGUUGGAAGAGGAGGAAAUGAAGCCAAUGAAAGCCGAGUUUCCUGAGGAGGCAAUUGCCCGCAGUGGCAGGUGGAGAAACCGGUACGUCGGCUGCACCGGUCGCUUCACGGUAUCCGGGACUUGACCACAUUUAGGCCUAAGCGUCAGAAAAGGCAGGCUGAAAAAUCCUAAAGAAGGCGGGUCAUCCAGUUCUAGUUCUGGGAUGCCGGCCUGCUGAGCCAGCCUCUGUUGCGUUCGGUUCCUGGUCCAAGGGUCAUCUGAACAGGAAUCAGAAGCGCGUUCAUCCUGGAAGUCUCCUCUUCCGUUUCCCACCUGUCAGCCAAGAGUAAACAGCAAAAAAAAUUCCCAUUUCAGUGCACGGCUCUACACACCUACUGAGAAACUCAGCAGCGAACCGUGACUCUGCCGCACGUAUGUUUCAGCGGGGUUUGCGAACCCAUCUGCAUAUUGACCCACGUCACUACGGUUCGACCCACCGUCCCUGCUGCCGGGCUUGCCCGUCUGCCACCUUGCACAAUGCCCCCGCUUCCCGGAUGUUGGGUAUCUUUGCUAGGAACCCUUCAGUAAGCUGAUUUUAGCAAGCGCGGUGUUCAUACAUAUCAAAGUCCAGGCAUUGCCAGGAAGAUGGGUGUUUGUCUUCUCACAAAAAUUAGGGACAGCAUGUUCCCGCUGGCGAAUGAGUUCCUCUUAAAUUAGGUUCGGGUUAAUUCCCCUAAGAGGAGGGCCCAAUUUCAGAAAUCUGUCCCCAAAAUCCUGCCUCUAGCACUUUCCCCUCCCUCUUCCUCAUUUUAAUUUUCUCCAUUUAAAAGAAAAAUGUUAUUUAACUCUUGGGGGUAGGAGAGCGAGGAGGGAGGGACCUUUCGUUUGCCAACAUGUUGAAGGGAAAUUUGGGGCAGGGAAAAAGCAUAACCAAAAAAACUUUAGGGUUGGAGCACAGGGUCCACAGGAGGAUGGGAGAUGGAAACACUUCCGUUCCUCCAAUACGUUUCUGGUUUAUUUGUUUUUUGGGGGGAAGGAGGUGACCUAGAAUUUUAAAACUGUUCAACCACAAACAUGUGGAGUGGCAAGGGUGUGACAUACCAAUUUUCUUCUUCUCCCUGCAAACAUUUUGAAUUUUCCUUUCGAGGUGACAUUUCCUGAACUGUUGUCUGUCCGUCUUGGGUUCCCUAAGUAAUGCGAACACUUUCCUGCUGUUUAGUCUUAGUUUUAAUGCUGAACGAUUAGGGGCUGGCGGGGGAAGAAGCCCACAACAAAAACCAUCUGAAAAAUGUGCAGUUCUACUCAGUAAAAUGAUGAUGUGUCUUUA